UUUCUCUAUUCCAAAUAAAGUUAUCGAGUUUUUUGUUUUUUCUUUUUAACAGAAAAUAUUAGCUCAAACUCGAAUUCAUCAGCGAUGACUCUUUUAUCGCGGGCUGUCGUCAUUUUCGUCUGCGUUAUACUCCUUAAGACGACGACGUCGUCACCAGCGGGUGAUUACGCGAGAGACGAGAAAGAAACAUUGAGAAAAGCGACUGAGCUCUUCGAGUCGAAUCCAACGUAUGUGAGACCGUCGAAAAGAUCUUCAACGCUGCAAGAAACUAGAAAAGAAGAAUUUUUAGGCGACAGAACUCACAAGAUAAACCGUAACUUCGAAAGAAUGAUACAAUUCGUGAAUAUACUCGGCCAAGUUGAUAGCUUCAUCAACGACAGAGUGAGAAAUUUAAUUAUGAAAAUACAAGCAGCGUAUGAUAUUGAUGAUUCUGACAGUUUCGGACGCGGUCGUUCGGCUCGUUAAGAUGUCAAAUAUCUAACGGAAAUGUUGAACGAAUCGUCUUAAAUCGUCAAAUCGCAAACUAGAAAAAUAUUGUAAAUCCUUAGUCUUACUCAUUUUUUUUCUCAUUAUUCGUUGACCGAGUUCGCAUUGAGGGCGGAGUAAAGUUUGUUCGGUGGAAAAAAGACCAAAUUUAACCCUACACCUCAUGUGCCUUUUUUCAUACCCUCAACCUCAUGACCGGGGUUUGAACGCACCCCACUCUUUUUUUUGUUUAUAAAUCCGGUCCUACGAUGCUAAACUGACUUUAUCCU